GAAUCAGACAGACAUCUUCAAGAUCAAUAGAGAUGGUCCUCCUCACCACAACACAGACAAUAAUUACAGCUCUACAAGAUCUCUCACCAUCUGCCCGAACUGAACUGCAUCUCCCAGAACCAAUACCUUCGACCGGCGCACCAAUUUCACACAAACAAUUGAUUUCACUGAGUAAAGCGUUCACCACCGACUCAGACUCCUUAAACGCAAACAAUGAAUAUACACUCAACUCCCUCCUUCGAGGGACAAAGGUGUAUAUACCUCCUCCACCAGCAAAACCAGAACCUUCACCAGAAUACCUCGCCCUCAAAGCGCGUCUCCAAGCCCUCGCCGACGAACAAGCAUACAACGCUUUAAUUGCGCCUUCUUCAGUCCAUACCACUUACAAACCAUCCCCCAUAUUCUCCGGCAUCCCUUCCACCGAUACAAUCGACAAAGCUGAAGAAGAUGAUAUGAUCACCCCUUCCCUCGUAAUCAACAUCUUCAUGUCCGUCCUCCUCUGCGGCUUUGCCACGUUCUGGGCCCUGAAGAAUUUCCAAACUCCUUCGUUUCUGAGUUGGAUUCUACUAUCCAGUCCUUCUGGAAAAAAGACUACGUCGACGGCGGCAAGUAAAGACCCCGUCUUUGUGCUGGUUUCAAUGUUUGUCGGGAUAUUGGUUGGUGUUGCGGAAACGGUGGUUUAUGCUGCUUAUUUGAGAAAGGUGAAAUAUGCCAAGGAGACGGAGAAGAGGAUUAAGGAAACGAAGGAGGUUGUUUCGUCGGAGGUUUUGGAUGAGUCGAAACAUGAUGAUCAUGGUAAAGAGGAGGUUAAAAUAUGGGGGAAGGGUGUUAAUGGGGGAGUGAGGAGGAGGGUUAGGGAGAGAUGGGAGAAUGCUAAUGAGGAUUCUAGGCCUGAAUGUCAACAGAAUUAA